AUGCAAAACAUUCUUACUUGGUUCGAAGACUACAGAGAAACCGUCAAAAUCAAAGCCCGCAAGCAGUCCAAGAAAGUCGACCCGCGUUGCCUGGCCGACGGGAACGAGCUCCUGAGGUUCUACGCCACCAACGUUGCCUGCUCACUCGGCUCCUCUUCUUCUGGCCUGUGCAAUCUUGAAAACUGCGGAGCUUGUCGCAUUCUGAGAAAUGGGUUUUCGGCGAACAUGGAUUUCGUCGGCCGCGUUGGUAUCUUUGCCACUUCGACUAGUGAGAGAGCCUUGGCAUAUGUGGAAGCCCAUUUUAAUAAGAGGAAAGCUCUGUUUGUUUGCCGAGUCAUUGCUGGGAAAAUCCAUAGUCCUCUCAGAAAGUUUGAUCAAGCAUUUUCUCAUUCUGGGUUCGACUCUUUGGCUUGGAAAGUUGGUCGAAAUAGGGAAGCGGAAGAACUGUUUGUGCUAAGUCCUAAAGCUGUGCUCCCUUGCUUUGUCGUCAUUUACAAAAUCUGA